AUGGCCAGUAGACCCGAAAGUAGAUCCAAAACUCGAGCAACUCUUAAGGAGUUGACCUCUCUGACCAAGAAUUUGGCUAAGGCUAUGACUUCUCAACUGAACCGUCAACAAGAGCCAGACCUAGCUGGCGAGGUGUUUAAGAAAGUAGCCUCUAGGAAUCCACCUGUCUAUGAUGGAAAAGAGGACCCAGCCAGUCUUGAGAACUGGAUUAGAGAGUUUGAUAAACUGUUUACUGCAUAUGUUAGGUGUGAUGAUGAGUUAAAAAUCAAUAAUGCUACAUACUACCUAAGAGAGGAAGCUGAUUUAUGGUGGUCCCAAAGGAAGGAGUCUUUAGCGACUCAAGAGGAUUUUGGGUGGGAGCAAUUUAAGGAAGCCUUGAGAACCAAGUUUUACCCACCUCACUUAAGGAAAAAGAAGUGCCUAGAGUUUACCAAACUGAGGAUGGGGACCAUGACUGUCAAUGAAUACUACUCUAAGUUCAUAGAGUUAAUGAGGUUUGCACCUGAAAUGGUUCCAACUGAAGUUUUGAAGGCUCAACGAUUUGAAUAA